UGGCGCACAGGCGGUUUGCUUCAAAACAUUAUGGCGUCGAGAAGAACAACAACGGUGCCAAGUAGUUUUAAAAGUACCUCCACCGAGGCUAAAAGCACGAAAAGUGUGAACAAUGCUAGUAAAGCCAACAACAGUGGAGCUGGGAAGAAAAGUGUUAAACCAACUGGGACAAUUGUCAAGUCUCGCUAUAUGCAGGCUGCUGAGAAGACCUCUCUUUCAAAGAGUAACUCACUGACCAACGAAUCUAUUGCUGCGCCACCGAGGCCUUCCUCACCUAAACCCAGUGGUGUCAGGCCGAAGGUGGGCACCCCACCAAGACGCUCAAUGGCCCCACAGGCUCUAGCAGCAUCAAUGGUGUCAAGUGAAACUGGACCAUCACUGCUGGGGAAAAGUAUCCUGCAGUCCACUUUUUCAGAUGGACACUGCUUUCGACCAGAUUUUGAUAUUUCAGUCAUUAAAGAAAAAACGGUGAUUGAAAAUGCAGUUGAACCCGAGAGAAAUCCAGAGAAUGAGAAGAGGCUCAUUGAGAUGCAAACAUUCCUACUGGCCUACCUCACAGCUAAGAUGGAGAGCAAUACUGCAAAGCUUAAGGCUGAGGCGGAGGCACGGAUCCUGCAGGAGAUGGCGGAAGAAGAGGCACUGCAUAAUGAGGUCCAGGAGAAGAAGUGCAAGUACCUCCUCAUGGAGAAGGAAAGACUAGUGAAUGAGAUGCUGGAUUUGCAGAUUGCUGCACUGACUCCUGUGGCAGAAGCUGCCAAGCAUUUCACAAAGGACUACAAGACUUUUGCCACAGCUGUUGACACCACCCGACAUGAGCUUCCUGUCAAAAAUUUCUACAUUGACGGGGACAGAGGGGAAUUUCUAGAUAAAGCUGAGGCUUGCCUGAAGGAGAGUGAGAAGUUGCUGAAGGAGUGCACAGAGGGAGAUCAUAAGGAGAACAGCACCUCUCUAGAGUGCCUCAGGGAUAUAAAAAUGACAUCGAAGGGCAUCAGUCAGCAGCUAUCAGGUACAUUCUCCGAGCUGCUGGAGCUGUCCUCAUUGGUCUCCCGCCAUACAAUCCAUGUCCAACAGUCCACAGAGGAAGAACAGCUCGGCACUGCAAGAACCACCGAGCUCUACUGCCCCAAACAGUGAAGGAUUACCACACAACAUGGGAUACACAGUACAUGCACUUUGGAUACCCCUCCACCCCUUCCUAUAUUUGUGUUUGUUUGUUUUUUGCAGCUUUGAAUAAUGCCUGAUACUGUUUCAUAGAUGUAACAUUGUUAAUAAAACAAAAAACUAUUAAAAAUAGACAUGAACAAUGAA